GGGUGGCCCCGCGGUGGGGGAAGCGGGGCCAUGGUUGAGACGGCCCAACCCAAUGGGGAAUCCCAAGGCACAGAAGUUAUGAUCCAGAUCCAGCAGCCAGCGGAAAGAUCCCCGAGGACACCGGCCAGGCGGGGUCCGCACUCGGUGCUCAAAGUGUCGCAGCUGCUGCUCAGGGCCAUCGCGGGCCACCAGCGGCUGACCCUGGCGGCCCUCAAGCGGGAGCUGGGGAACGCGGGCUACGAGGUGCGCAGGAAGAUCACCCGUCACAUCGGAGAUCCCAACAGAUCCGAGAAGGGCACGCUCCUGCGGGUCAGUGGCAGCGAAGCUGCGGGCUACUUCAGGAUCUGGAAGGUUCCAAAGCCAAAGAAAAAGGUGGGGCCGUCCCGGCUGACCCUGGGCGGCCGCUCCUUUGGGAAGACCGUCCUCAAAUCCCCCCGACCACGCCGGCCCCGCUCCCGUCGCAAGGCGGCCAAGAAGGCCAGAGAAGUCUGGAGACGCAAGGCCAGGUCUUUCAAGGCAAAGUCGAGGAGGACCUGUUCAAGCGCCAGGUCAAAGGUCAGGUCAAAGACCAGAUCGAGAGCUAAGGACCAUGUGCGUGCCAAGGCCAGGGAACAGUCUCAUGCUAGGGCCAGGACACAGGCCCACGACAGAGCCAGAGCACAGGAAUGCGUUGGGGCCAAGGAGCAGGAGUGUAUUGGAGCCAAGGAGCAAGAUUGUGUCAGGGCCAAGCAGCAGGAGUGUACGAAGGCCAGGGAACAGACACAGGCACGUACCAUACCCAGGGAGGAAGCCAGGCUCAGGGCAACCGACUGCAGAGUACGGCCUUCGAGGGAGAACAUCAAGCCUCGGUCUGCAGCUCACAGGAGCCCAAGCUUGAAAUCCAGGGAAGAGAAGAGGCAGGAACCCCAGAGGCUGGUGAAGCAAGCCAGCCCGAAGCCACCUGUGGCCAAAAUUGAUAGUGCUUCCCUCAGACAAGGAAAAGCGCUCAGGAAGUCGUCUACCAAAUGCGAAGGUGCCGGGAGCUCGAGGAAUCCUUAA